ACUUACAAAUAAAGUGGAAGAAACGUUUUUCUAUAAAAUAUACAGUGUUUUCUUUUAAUAUGGGCACACUAUCGGAUUUUGGUCAAAUAGCUUUGAAAUGGGAUCCAAAAAACUUAGAAAUUCGUACCAUGUCAGUCGAAAAAACUUUAGAGCCGUUGGUUUUGCAAGUGACAACGCUAGUGAACACUAAAGGGCCAAGCAAAAAAAAAAAAGGAAAAUCAAAGCGGGCGAGUGCACUAGUUGCUGCUGUUGAAAAAGCUACUGAAAAUUUUAUACAGAAAGGAGAGCAAAUUGCGUUUGAGAAUCCAGAUAUUACGCAAGAAAUGCUGUCUGCCGUCGAUGAGGUCCGCAAAACAGGAGAUGCCAUGAGCAUUGCAGCAAGGGAAUUUUCGGAGGAUCCAUGCAGUUCAUUGAAACGAGGGAACAUGGUGCGAGCAGCACGGAAUCUGCUUUCAGCUGUAACACGCUUAUUAAUUUUAGCAGAUAUGGUGGAUGUUCAUUUGUUGCUUAAAUCUCUUCACAUUGUUGAAGAUGAUCUUAAUAAACUUAAGAAUGCAUCAAGUCAGGACGAACUUAUGAACAACAUGCGGCAAUUCGGUCGUAACGCUGGAGAGCUCAUCAAACAAGCAGCAAAGCGUCAACAAGAACUAAAGGAUCCACAAUUGAGGGAUGAUUUAGCUGCCGCACGUGCAAUGCUUAAAAAGCAUUCAACAAUGCUCUUGACCGCUUCAAAAGUUUAUGUUCGACAUCCAGAAUUAGAUCUGGCCAAAGUCAACAGAGACUUUAUCUUAAAACAAGUGUGCGAUGCUGUAAACACGAUUAGUGAUGUGGCCCAGGGCAAAUCAUCACAGCCUACCGAUGUUUAUAGUGGUGCAGGAGAACUAGCUGCAGCCUUGGACGAUUUUGACGAGGGUAUUAUAAUUGAUCCCAUGACAUACAGUGAUAAACGGUCACGUCAACUGCUGGAAGAACGCUUAGAAAGUAUUAUUAGUGCUGCUGCACUAAUGGCCGAUGCAGACUGUACAAGGGACGAGCGCAGAGAAAGAAUUGUUGCCGAAUGCAAUGCUGUCCGUCAGGCUCUACAAGAUCUUCUUUCAGAAUACAUGUCAAAUAUGGGUCAAAAAGAUAACAGCCCCGCUCUAGAUCGUGCCAUUGAUCAAAUGUGUCGCAAAACUAGAGAUCUGCGCCGGCAGCUGCGCAAAGCAGUUGUUGAUCACGUAUCCGAUUCAUUUUUGGAAACAACUACGCCAUUAAUUGACUUAAUUGAAGCCGCUAAAUCUGGUAAUGAAAAAAAAGUGAGGGAAAAAGCUGAGAUAUUUACGAAACAUGCUGAAAAAUUAGUUGAAGUUGCUAAUCUCGUGUGCAGUAUGUCAAAUAACGAAGACGGGGUGAAAAUGGUCCGCUAUGCGGCGGCCCAAAUCGAAAGCUUAUGCCCCCAAGUAAUAAAUGCUGCAUCAAUUUUGACGGUUCGACCCAACUCAAAGGUUGCCCAAGAGAACAUGUCUGCUUAUCGCCAAGCAUGGGAGGUGCAAGUUCGAAUAUUAACGGAAGCUGUAGAUGACAUUACAACCAUUGACGACUUUUUAGCUGUUUCCGAAAAUCAUAUUCUUGAAGAUGUAAACAAAUGUGUCAUGGCGUUGCAAGUUGGGGACGCUAAGGAUCUACGUGGAACUGCUGGAUCCAUUCAAGGCCGAUCGUCCCGAGUGUGCAAUGUUGUUGAGGCUGAAAUGGACAACUAUGAGACAUGCAUUUAUACAAAGCGAGUUUUAGAAGCAGUUAAAGUGCUACGCGAGCAAGUAAUGAUAAAAUUUGAGCAACGAGUUGAUGCUGCAGUAGAAGCUCUUUCAGCGAAUAGCAACAAAAAUGUCGACGAAAAUGACUUUAUUGAUGCCUCCCGAUUGGUUUACGAUGGUGUGCGUGAAAUCCGACGUGCAGUACUAAUGAACCGAAGUUCUGAUGAUCUAGAUACUGACACAGAGUUCGAACCAGUCGAAGACUUAACAUUGGAAACGCGUAGUCGAUCAAGCGCUCACACUGGUGAUCAAACUGUUGACGAAUAUCCGGACAUUAGUGGUAUUUGUACUGCUAGGGAAGCAAUGCGUAAAAUGACAGAAGAGGAUAAGCAAAAAAUUGCACAACAAGUAGAACUAUUUCGUCGCGAGAAACUUACUUUUGAUUCUGAGGUUGCAAAAUGGGAUGACACUGGCAACGACAUCAUUUUCUUGGCAAAACAUAUGUGUAUGAUAAUGAUGGAGAUGACUGACUUCACUAGAGGCCGUGGUCCGUUAAAGACUACCAUGGAUGUUAUCAAUGCCGCCAAGAAAAUAUCGGAAGCCGGUACAAAACUCGAUAAGCUUACCCGUGAAAUAGCAGAGCAAUGUCCUGAAAGUAGCACUAAAAAAGAUUUAUUGGCAUAUUUGCAACGUAUUGCUCUCUACUGUCACCAAAUUCAGAUAACUUCUAAAGUCAAAGCGGAUGUACAAAACAUAAGCGGGGAACUGAUCGUUUCAGGGCUGGAUAGCGCAACUUCUUUGAUCCAAGCCGCUAAGAAUCUGAUGAAUGCUGUAGUGCUUACAGUAAAAUAUUCUUACGUAGCAUCAACAAAAUACACAAGACAAGGCACUGUCACUUCUCCAAUCGUAGUAUGGAAAAUGAAGGCACCAGAGAAAAAACCACUAGUGCGGCCUGAGAAACCUGAAGAAGUUCGCGCUAAAGUUCGAAAGGGAUCGCAGAAAAAAAUUCAAAAUCCUAUUCAUGCUCUUUCUGAAUUCCAAAGUCCUGCUGAUGCUGUUUAAAGGACACGAUAUAAAAUUAUAAACUUAAGUAUUAUAUACCUACUUAUUAUUUUAUGAUAAACAUAAACUGUUAACUGGUAACAGAUUUUCAUCAAAUAUAUACUUUACGAUUUGCC